CUGGCUGCAGGAACAGGAAGAGAGACCGUCAUGAAGUGCAUUGUGCUCCUACUGGCUUUGGCCGUCGCCUCUCAGGCACUCAAGGUCCCCCUGAUGAAGAGGGCGAAGAAGCCCCAUGAGGGUCCCUAUGUGGACUACGGUCUCAAGUUCGCCUCUCCUGAGGUGCAGGCAGCCUCUGGAGCCAGCUCUGAGGACCUCCUCUUCCAGGGCUACUACUAUGGAGCCAUCUCCAUCGGCACCCCUCCUCAGUCCGUCCAGGUGCUCUUUGACACCGGCUCUUCCAACCUCUGGGUGGACUCUGUCUACUGCACCUCUCAGGCCUGCAACAUCCACCAGAAGUUCAACCCGUCGUCUUCCUCCACCUUCCAGUGGUCUGGCCAGACCUUCACCCUUCAGUACGGAGCAGGAGGCAUGACCGCCUACCUUGGCUACGACACCAUUUCCGUGGCAGGCGUCAGCGUGACCCACCAGAUGGUGGGCCUGAGCAAGACCCUGAACACCAACGAGACGCCCUUCGCUGGCAUCGUGGGCCUGGCCUUCCCCCGCAUCGCCGCCUCCAACCAGCCCACACUCAUGGACACCAUGAUGCAGCAGGGCGUGCUCGAUCAGGACUUUGUCGCCUUCUACCUGGCCGAGGGUCAACAAGGCAGUGAGAUCUCCUUCGGCGAGCUGGACAACACCAAGUACACUGGCCAGAUCGUCUGGACCCCCGUCAUCGCUCAGGCCUGGUGGGAGAUCUCUAUGCAAGGGUUCCAGAUGAACGGUCAGGAGACCGGCUGGUGCGCUCAGGGCUGUGCCGCCAUCGUGGACACGGGCACCCCCGGCCUGUCCAUCCCCUCCUCCUACUUCUACGGCAUUAUGCAGACAAUCGGAGCACAGCAGUACAACGGCAGGUACUACACUCAGUGCAAUAAUGCUAACCUGCCCACUCUGAGUGUCACCAUCAGCGGAGUGUCCCUGCCCAUCCCUCCCUCUGCAUACCUCCAACAGGCUGGCAAUGGCUACUGCAUCUUCGGCAUGUCCCCCUCCAACCAGCAGGACAUGAGCGGUCGUCCCAUGUGGAUCUUGGGUGACACCUUCCUCAGGCCAUACUACUCCGUCUACGACCGCGCCAACAACCGCGUGGGCUUUGCCACCGCUGUGUAAACACAAGUGCCCUUGUUGAUAGCCUAUACAGCAGUGUGCCAUUACACGUACAACUAGUAAACUACAUUACCCAUCAGCCAACUCUUUGGUUAUCACUUCCUGUAGGCUGGCAUCAAUGUGGUUACUGUAACAUGGCUUCCUGUACUUGUACAUCAGUAGCAGCUCUGGGAGUCUCGUAACAGCCAUUCGCAUGUAAUGUCAUGUUUCAAUAAAUGACGGUAAAUUAAACAUUUUCAAAAUGUCGAAAA